ACCUCCUCGUCGCCGCCUUCUCCUAACUUCCCCCUUCUUCCGCCCUCUUUCCCCUUGGUUUAAUCUUCCAUCCCUCUCCCGAUUGUUGCAGCGAUCGGCGCAUCGAUCUUUCGUCGCGGGCAGGGACGAGCGUGGGAAGGGCGUUCUCCCUUUUGAUCGACAUUAUUGGAGCCGAGAAGUUGGAGGCGGAGGAGCGGUGGCUUGACACCGAGGAGGUCAAGAGGUAGAGAUAAGAGAUGGGGCGGCUGUUUCUGAUUAGUCUGGAGGGCAAGAUCUACAGCUGUAAGCACUGCCAGGCUCAUCUCGCCGUCUCCGAUGACAUCGUCUCCAAGAUUAGCAGUGAAUGAGUGGCCUGUGGUGGCUAAACGUGGCAGAGGCAUUGAGCAAGGUGUAGAAAGAACCAUCAUUGUUUAGAGAGUGCAUGAGGGAGAGUUGGACAAGAGGGGGGGAGGAAAUAUCGGAAUGGUUGUGGUGGAUCUUUGGGCGGAAUUGUAUUGGUACGAUGAAUCAAAGGCCUUCCAUUGCAAGCACGGGAGGGCUUAUCUCUUCAAUAAGGCGGUGAACGUGACGGUUGGAAUUAAAGAGGAGCGGUUGAUGAUUACAGGGAUGCACACUGUUUCUGAUAUUUUCUGUGUUGGUUGUGGGUCUAUAGUUGGAUGGAAAUACGAUGCUGCUCAUGAAAAGGCCCAGAAGUACAAAGAAGGGAAAAUUGUUCUGGAGAGGUUUAAAUUGACAGGGCCUGAUGGAAGUCGAUACUGGGUAACUCAUGAUGCACAUAUGGGUGGCAGUGAUGCUGAUGAUGCAUGAUUAUUUCUGAACCCCAAGCAAAGCACUAAAUCAUCUGAUUGUAAAUUCUUCCCUGCUUCAGACAUUCAUGUGAAUUCUAGCAAUUGCUUGCUGUCUGCAUCUUUCCGGCAGCUGAACUAAAUACCAAGCAAUAUAGUUCUCAUGCUUCUUUGCCUGCAA